UGUAGGUGAUUCCCCUGUUUAAGUUCCUUAUUGAAACCGCGCAGGACUACAAUCGUUUUCAUCACAACGUUCUUUUAUAAUGAAAUCCACAAUGUACUGAGGGUCAAUGGCUUCGAGAAGGACAGAUAUGAGAGUUGAGGGUACCCAUGGAGAUCAGUAUGUGGGAGCGUAUGGGUUUCCUGAUGGAGUCAACACACAGUCUGGGGCUGCUAGUCCAGAUACCUACAGUCAGUCUACACCGAAUCACAGAAACACCAGUCACAUGUCAGGAGGCAUAAAUGCUGCCACGUCUUCUUCAGCACAUGUGCUUGGUGGCACAUCAUCUCCAGAACGUGCCACACCCCCUUCAAGAUGUGUGCUGAGAGAGACACCCCCACCAGGUCAAAUGCUUGGUGCAACACGCCCUCCAGGUCAAGUGAUUGGUGCCACACCCACUCCAAGACAUAUGCUUGGUGCCACACCCCCUCCAGAUCAAGAGCUUGGUGCCACACCUCCUUCAUGCUCAACGACAAUUGCUGUUCAACACCCAGCUUCUCAAGACAAGGAUCAUGAUAUUCCAGGACGGCAUCAGAUUCUGGAGUCACAGGAACCUAUUUCUGAAACAGCAGCAGCCCUGAAGAAGCUGCAGGAGGCUCCAUCAAUCUCCUCCCUCCCUCCAACACAGACCCCGGCGAGUGAAUCAUCGAAGAAAUACAACAUUGCUGUGCCGUCUGUGGGGUGUGAGAGUCUGUCGACGGCCCAGGCCUGGUUGCAGCUGAGUCUGAACAGUGGAUCCCUGACUGGCGCUGCUCCCAAACUCCAGGAUGCUCAAGUCUCCAACACCAACCCAGCAACAGGCAUCAGCAUCAUUGAGGACAAGCAAGUGGAAUCCAAGAUGCCAAAUAUUUCAUUUCAUCAAAAUUCCAUUGAAUCAGAACAGAUUGUUACAUCUUAUGUAGGAAUGGCGCUGUCUGACAAUGGAGAACGUUUAGCAGAUUUCAUGUCUGACCUCCCAACCGAGAAGCAAAACACAUCAUCCUGGUUUGCCAACAACCUUGACCAGAGUAGUCAUGUUCGUCAGUGGGAGACAGAAUCUUCCAACCUCCCACACAAUAUCUCACAACAGAGCAUCUCUCUCAAUGAAGAUCUAAGUCUAACGGCCCGGAAGACUCUCACUAAGUCAACCCAGACUGACCCCACUGUUGGACAGGAUCAGGAGGGGUGUGGAGGGGCGGCAAGCGCUGAGCUCGGAGUCCAAACAAUGGCUUAUGGAUCCUCGUCCAGUCUGCCGCCAGAUGACAUCCUGGUGCGUAAGUUGAAGCGGCCAAUCAUACAGUGGUUGCAGAGGAAGCUGGAGACACGAAUCGGGGCAGCAUGGCAGGACCUUGUUGAUCUUCAUGACUGGGACUAUGACCGAAUCACAGAUUUUGAGAAUCACUGCGACAGUUCUUCGAAGAGUCCUUUCUGUAUGCUCCUGGCUGAAUCUGAGUUCCAGAUGUAUCGACUUUGUGAUUUGAAGAAAGAUUUGUUAAAACUCCCACGGAAAGAUAUUCUGCAUGACCUUGACGCCAUCAUGAACAAACACUACAAGUGAAUGAAUGAUACAUCGUAGCCCUGGGUAAAUCUGGGUCGUAUCCCAAAUACAUCAGAUGUCAAAGUAUACUCCCCUCCCCCAAUUUAUUUCAUAACGAUCAUCUGAAUAAUUGGCAAACUUACAUGUCCCUUUUUGGCAUGUAUGCCUGGUGAGCUAAGAAUGAGGGCAUUUUAAAAAUGAAUAUGAAAUAGACUGCAUAGGGCAUAAAAUGAAUUCAAAGAUGAAUCUGAAUAUCAGGUGAUACUGAAGGCUGGAGCAUAACUGAGGUUAGUGAUUAGAAGAUAAUAUCUUUGUUGGAGAAACUACAGUUGACAGUCAAAAUAAAAUCAGAUUUUCAGACAAACUGAAAAGCUAUUCCAAUAAUGGCCCAGACAACAUGCCAGUAUAUUUAUGUGAAUGUGAGUUUUUAAAUAUUCAGUUAUUGGGGGUAGAGGUUUCAGAAGUUUCAGCUUAAUCCAGCAGCCAUAAAAUGUGUUUAAUUUCAAAUUGCAUACUCGUGUUUCAUUGCCCUGCUGCAUGAUGUCAUUGGCUUCAUAUUGUAUACAGUGAUUUUGUGCAAAUUGUUAAAUAAGCAUUCUAUGGAGUUAUAAUUGUUGACAGAUUCAUUUCUGUGAACUGACUUCGAAAUGUUUGCACGUUUGUGAGAAAAUGU